UCUGUUUUAUGAGAUGCUCCCGACACACACAUCUCCUGCCUAGAAUCUGCUGCACAUGUGACUUCACCUGCUCUGUAGGUGUGAUGGAGACAUUUGGCCUGAGGCGAACACAGUCCUUGAAGAGCCUAUCUUGGGUUCAGGAGAGGUCAAGGGACAUGCCAGCUCCCACCCGCUGGGACAGAAAGUCCGUGUUGCAGCUGGUGCACCAUUACCAAAGCUGUGGUGACCUAAGGAGUCAAGAAAAAAUGGGACAUAAUUUCCAGACAUCAGAGAGAUUUCUUGAAGAAGGAUGGAGAGGAGUAAAGAACAGAGACAAUGUGGCCUUAGAAGGAGCUUUAAGAGCUGCAAGUUUGUCAAGAAGUCAGUCCAUGGACUUCCUCCCUGAGAGGGAGAACUCAGGUACCAGAGCACUGUGUGCACUGUUCGAGUCCAAGACCAAGCUGCAGCACAAGUCCAGCUGCAGCCCCAAACUCAACUCAUCAGUGUUUGCUAGAGACGGAAAGACCGGAAGAGACUGCUCCCUUCAGGAUCAGAGAAGCCACAACAGGAGCGCUCAGAGGGUGACCCAGUCAGAGAGCGGAAGGACCACAGAUGGCCUCCCAGAGUCUUACAACAAAGAUUCCAGAUACUCAUACGGUGAGGUGUGGCGCUCAAUUUCUUGUUUAGUCACAGAAGUAUUUAUAGGCACACACACAGGCAGUAUUGAAUGUUCUCUAUUCGAGUAUCGUGUAGUAGGACUCAAAAAAGUGCAGGUCAGCAGUGCUCUGUUGCCCUUGACGUAA